AGCCAGCAACUAAAUCGCAUCACAGGACUGCACCACCAACAAACGCACAAAGGACCAGCGACACUCCGACGAUCAGUGGCCAUCUGGUUGAAAAGCAAUUCCCCAGACGAGACAAAAGACAAGACAAGCAUCUGGAUUUUCUUCUGAAGUGUCUUCACUGAUCAUGGCAUCAACAGGUCUCCAGCUGCUGGGCCUGAUUCUGACCGUGCUGGGUUGGGUGUUCGGGGCGUUGGUGUGCGCCGCUCCGCUGUGGCGUGUGUCUGCCUUCGUGGGCGGAGAGCUGGUGAUCGCCCAGGUGCUGUGGGAGGGACUGUGGAUGAACUGCCUGUCGCAGACCACAGGCCAGAUCCAGUGUAAGACCUAUGACUCCACCCUGGCCCUGCCCUCAUCCGGCCAGGCUGCCCGGGGCCUCACCGUCCUCUCCCUGCUCCUCUGCCUUCUGGCCCUCAUGCUUGGGGUCGCUGGGGCCAAGUGCACUCACUGCAUGGGCGAUGCUAACCAGGCCUCCAAGGCUCGGCUGGCCAGGUUAUCAGGGGUGCUUUUCCUCGUGGCUGGCCUUGCCUACUUGAUACCCAUCUGUUGGACGGCCUACGCCAUCAUCAGGGACUUCUAUGACCCAAACGUUGCAGCUCCCCUAAAGAGAGAGCUGGGACCGGCGUUGUACCUCGGCUGGGGGGCCAGUCUGCUGCUCCUGGUGGGGGGCUCGCUGCUGCACGUUGGGUCUUCUCCACCAGGAGGAAGGGUGCUGCCUGUUUUUGGAGGAGUUACUAAGGACAACCCACAUACUGGGGCAGCAGGAGAGGGGAAGCAACCGGAAAAAUCGUUUGUAUGAGAUCAUUUAUUGGACAUGCGAGUUAUGAUCAAACUCAGAGGUCAUGUCCUCAUCAGGCAAACUUCUGGAAACUGCAACAACACAACAUACAAGGGGAUUAUGAGCCUGUAAUAUGUUUUGUAUUUGUUAUAUGAUCCAGCUGAGUUUGUUUAAGUUAUAAUGUGUAUUUCAUUACACUUCAUAUGAUUAAUUCAUACCAACAGGUUAGUAAUAGAAUAAUCAUUCAUUAAAGGCUUUGUGUCAGUGUGGGAGUAGAAGUGGAUUGUGGGAGGAUGGUAGAUAUUUAGAUAAUUACUAAUGUGUGUGACUUACAUUUUUUAAAUUCCACUCUGCCUCUUCUUGUGGUUGUGUGUGUGUGUGUGUGUGUGUGUGUGUGUAUGUGUGUAUAUGUGUCUGUUUGUGUGUGUUUGUGUGUUGGCGGUCUGUGUACAGAAGGCCAGUGUACAUAGUACAUCUGUGUGUGCUGGUGUUUUCUCUGAAUAUGAGUGGGUAAGCUGAGCGGUGCUUGUUUAUUUACUUGUUCUGCACUUUUUAAUAUUUCCAGGCAAAUUUGCUUUUAUAUUUCAACCCUUCCUAUUGGUUUAUUCUAUUGUUCUUGUUUACAUUUUUUGUUAUUUUGUGGUUUUAUGUUCCCUGUUUGAUAUGAGUUUAAACACUCCUACAGCCUAACUUCUACCAUUUUUAUUUGACGGACAUAUGAAAAAUAUAUGAUUCAUAUAUAUGAUAUAUACUGUUUAUAGAUAUGCCGCGUAUUUUUUAGUUCUCAUUUCGUUAAUUUGAGAGAAAGAGAGAGUUUUACUUUACUUUUUACUAUUAUUAUAAUAUGAUGUUUAUUCCUUUAAUAUUUUUACUACGUGUGAUCUUGCAUUUUUCCAUUUUGUUUUUUGUGUCAGUGAUGUUUCUACUCAUAAAUAUAUGUUUGUUUUCUCGUACAACUGAAAAUGAAUCUCUUAUGCUAAAAUGUACAGUAUAUACAUUACGAAAUUAUCAUCCCUGCAGAUGAACCAUACAUCCCGGUGAUGUUUUGAAGGACUGUGAAAAACUGGAGAAUUCCUCUCUUUCUGAUCCUCUUAAUUUUCAGUAUUUACAAUAGAUGUCUAACUAGUUCUGUAGCUGUUUAUUUAUUUGAAAGUAGAAAUGGAUUGCUUGGUAUGAGUCUGUGUUUCUCGGACUAAAUCACACAUGAGUAAUGAUGGUAGUCUACUGGACUUACUCAUCCAUCAUGG